AUGGCAGAAGCCAGAAUUUCAGUGGAUCAAAGUGAGUUCAUGUGUCCAGUGUGUCUGGAUCUUUUUAAGGAUCCAGUGACCACUUCCUGUGGACACAGUUACUGUAAGAGCUGUAUUACAGGCUGCUGGGAUCAGGAGGAUCAGAAGAGAGUCUACAGCUGCCCUCAGUGCAGACAGACCUUCAGUCCAAGACCUGCUUUAGCUAAAAACACCAUUCUGGCUGAAGUGGUGGAGAAACUGAAGAAGACCAAACUUCCUGCUGACUGUUACGCUGGAGCUGGAGAUGUGCAGUGUGACGUCUGUACUGGAAGAAAAUACAAAGCUAUCAAGUCCUGUCUGGUGUGUCUGAACUCUUACUGUCAGAAUCAUCUCGAGCAACAUGACAGUUUCUUUAAAGGAAAGGGUCACAAUUUGACUGAAGCCACUGGACGACUGCAGGAGAUGAUCUGCCAGAAACAUGACAAGCUUCUUGAGGUUUUCUGUCGCACUGAUCAGAAGUGUAUAUGUGUGCUGUGUACGAUGGAUGAACAUAAAAACCACAACACUGUAUCAGCUGCAGCACAGAGGACAGAGAAACAGAAGCAGCUGAAGGAGAUGCAGAAGCAGUUUCAGCAGAGAAUCCAGCAGAGAGAGAAAGAUCUUUGGCAGCUGAGAAAGGCUGUGCAGUCUCAUAAGCGCUCUGCACAGACAGCAGUGGAAGACAGUGAGAGGAUCUUCACUGAGAUCAUCUGCUCCAUUGAAAGACGCCGCACUGAGGUCACACAGAUGAUCAGAGAUCAGGAAAAGACUGCAGUGAGACGAGCUGAAGGACAACUGGAGCGACUGGAGCAGGAGCUCAAUGAUCUGAGGAGGAGAGACGCUGAGCUGGAGCAUCUUUCACACACACAGGAUCACAUCCUGUUCCUGCAGAGUUUCCAGUCUCUCUCAGUGCCUCCUGAAUCUACAGACAUAAUUGACAAUCCUUUCAAUUCUGUCUUCUCUUUUGAUGGCAUGAGAGAAUCUCUCUGUCAGCUGAAAGAAAAAAUGGAGGAUUUCUGCAAAGAAGAGUUUAAAAAGAUCUCUGACAAAGUCACUUUCACCAGCAUUAUUCCCAGGACAAGGAAUGACUUCCUACAAUAUUCCUAUCACCUCACUCUGGAUCCAAACACAGUGAAUAAACAUCUCCGUCUGUCUAAGAAAAACAGAGUGAUUACUGGUGCUCGCAAUGUCCUGCUAAAUCCUGAUCAUCCAGACAGAUUUGAUAGAUAUAUUCAGCAGGUGUUGUGUAGAGAGAGUGUGUGUGGACGCUGUUACUGGGAGAUUGAGUGGAGUGGGAUAUUUGGUGUAGAUAUUUCAGUGUCAUAUAAAAGCAUCAGCAGGAAGGGAGGCAAAGAGUGUUUGUUUGGACAUAAUGAUCAGUCCUGGAGUUUGUCCUGCUCUUCCUCAAGAUACUCAUUCUGGCACAAUAACAUAGUUACUGAUCUGUCAGUAGUGUCCAGUUGUAGAAUAGGAGUGUUUGUGGAUCACAGUGCAGGAACUCUGUCCUUCUACAGCGUCUCUGACACAAUGAGCCUAAUCCACACAGUUCAGACCACAUUCACUCAGACGCUCUAUCCUGGGUUUGGUGUUGGUAAUAAAUCAUCAGUAAAACUAUUGUUGGUUAGAUCUGUCAGCAGUCUUCUUGGUUUAAAAGACAAAAAUCACCGGACUUGUUUGUCUGUGUCCGACUGAGAAAA